AUGGGAGAUGUACUGUUUUCUGCAAGUGUGCGAAACCUAUUGCACACUGUCGAACCAACGGAUCUCAUUCGCAAAUCCAUCGACGAACUGCGUUUGUUGUACAAUUUGGACGAGAAAGACGCCGAUUCUCUGCGAACUGAAGCCGCCUUGCGAGUCUUCCCGUGUAUUCCGAGAGACGUGUCAGAACUGCAAGAUUUAUUCUUCAAAACCGGAAACGAAGCAUUGGAUUCCUUUUUGAAUGGCGGUUUCCUGGUGCCCGGGGUCAACGAAAUUUGCGGGCACGCCGGGGUAGGGAAAACUCAAUUCUGUUUGCAACUCUCAGCAACUGCGUUGCUGCAAAACCCGGAUUCUCUGGUGGUCUACAUCAUUACGAAAGAUUCGCUCCCGACGACGCGGUUCACAGAAAUUUUUGAAGCCUGCUCUGGACGAACAUUGACGGGAAUGGAUGGCUUGCGAAGAGUCUUGUUAUUGCACAUAAGGCAAUCUGCUGAACUCAUGAAUGCCUUGGAUGUGAAGAUUCCAUCCUUGAUUCAAGCUCAUAAGCUGUGUCUGAUUGUAUUGGACUCGGUAGCAGCGCUUUUUAGAGGCCAAGAUGAAGUUUAUGCGAGAGGAGAAGAUCUGCGGAAAAUCGGCUCGGGAUUGCUGGGGCUCAGUCAGCGUUACAAAAUCGCUGUGAUUUGUGUUAAUCAAAUGUCGACGAACGUGGAAGAAAGCGAGGACGUGCCAGCACUGGGUUUGCUGUGGAGUAAUUUGAUUUCAACGAGGCUUGUAAUGACGAGAAUUGAAAUCGGCGAUGGGUCAACGACGAGGUUCAUGGAGAAAUCUUUGGGUCCGACGUGGCCUAAUGAGAAGAAAAAAUUUGAAAUUCAUGCGGGCGGAAUCAAGAAUAUUGUACUGAAGGCACCUGUAAGGAUUCCUGCAUUCAGCACAAAUGAACUAAUCGUUUUGCUGCUGUUGCGAGACAUCUCAUCUUUUCGAAGUGACCAUUGCGACGCGAUUCGUAUUAAGGUGAUGAAGUUGGGUGAGUGCAUGUUUAUUUCGGAGCUGGCGUCCGGGCGAAAGAAAGAUGAAUUCAAAUUAACUCGUUUUCCAGUUCUUCAAAAAUGUUGA